AUGGCACAAUCUGAACUAAACUACGUUUAUAUCGCGGAACCGUGAGUUUUUAAACAAAGUUUUUGCCGAAAGUUUUGAGAAAAUUAAAUUAUAGUAGAUAGAAGGUUAAAUUUGUAGGUGUUAAGCUUUGAAAUUUGAAUUGAGUUGUUAAAAAAUAGUUGAACAAGACUUACCGGAUCAGAUAUAAUGUGAAUUGGUCGCACAACAAGCUUGGUGUUAGUGGAAAAUGGCAAAACUCCGUUUCGACCGCGAAAUUCAGCGAUGGCUCGAAAUGCAUAAGAUUUCACAUCUUUUUCCAUAAUUUUCACGUUUUUAUUGAAAUUAGCGGGAAAACCAGGCUUCUUGACGAGAAAGGUCCAUAUUUAGGUGGAACUAGGUAUAGAUUGCAGUAUUUUAUUAAAAAUAAGUUUAAAAAAUCUAGAUCUAACGUUUUUUCAGAUGCACAGACAGUGAAAGAGAGCAAACCGCUCCAAAAGCGGUGUUAAAACCCAAAAUUCAAAGUUUCUCCGGAUCUACUGACAAAUCGGCUUAUUUUCAAAUGCGACCACAAAAUGCAAGUAACAGUAACCAGUCGAAUAAAAAGUCCCAAAUGUUGGAAGCACCAGAAGCAACAGCUGAUACACAAUCGGGGAACGAUACGGCCGAAGAUGGAUCGUUGAAGGAAGCGAUGCCAUCUUCGUUGAUUCUACCACCUUCUGAUACUCAAAUGAGCAAAGCUGUGAGUUAGAUUGAUAUUAAUUUUAUCUGUUUUAUUAUUUUUUUUCAAUUUUGAAAUUUAUUUAAAUUUUUGAAAUUUUUUGCAAUAUUGCUUUAGGAACUAGACGACAAACAGAAGGUAAAGCCCAAAGAACAGGUUACAAAGGUCAGCAAGAAGAAGGAAAAGGUACGUUAUACGUUAAUUUUAACUCUAGCCUAGUCUUACCUAUACAUGAGGAAUGGGUCGGGCUGGGCUUAAAAAUCCAGGCCCGGCCCAAAAAGUCGGCCCGUUUGGACGUAAAAAAAAUUUGGCCGGGCUGGGCUUGAGCAAAAUUUAGAUCAGGCCGGGCGUAACUCUCAAACCCGGCCCAUUCCUUAUUUCUAGCCAUACUCUGGCUAUAUCCUAACCCUAGGUUUACCCUAGCCUUGCCCUAGUCCUGCCAUAGCUCUACCUUAGUUCUAAUUUAGCUCUAUUCUAGCCUUGCUCCAGUUCUGUCCUUCCUCUACUCUAGCCUUACAAUUUCGGUACCAAAGGGUAGCCCUACUGCAUUUAUACCUCAAGCUAGCUAGGCCUAUCCUAGCCCAAUCCAUGACUUAAAUUUUAUGUUUAUAUUUUUCAGAAACCCAAAAGCCUGAAGCGAAAAAAGACACCGCCGCCUAAUUGUGGACAAUUCCAAAAAAGCUGGAGCACGGCCAGAUACAAUGUGCCGCAGAGGAAGGCUUGUGGAUGCAGUAAAAGGAAGUGUUGUUGUAACAAUGAUGAGGAUGAAUAA